AUGAGUCUUCGCAGUAACACUGAAAAGAGCAAAACCAAAGAGGAAUGCGAUCCCAAGACAAUCAUUGAUCCUCAUGAGGAGUUGUUUGAACCACAUGAAGAAAUUUCGGACGAAUCCGAACAUACCGGAAAGGCCACAUCCUUUGUGUACAUGCUUGUCAUUGCUGUUUGCGUUGGCGGUUUCUUGGCAGGUUACGAUACCGGUGUCAUUUCGGGUGCUUUAACACUGCUCCAACAGGAUUUCGACAUGAGUAACACUGAGAAAGAGCUAAUUGUUGGUGGUACGACAUUUGGUGCCAUUUUUGGUGGUUUCUUCUCAGGUCUGCUCACUGAUAGAUUCGGAAGAAAGAUUUUGGUCAUUGUUUCGUCUGUCAUCUUCAUUGCUGGUGCUUUAAUUCUUGCUUUAGCUCCUAGUUAUGGCGUACUUUUGUUUGGAAGGGUGGUGGUGGGUCUUGCCGUCGGUAUUGCCUCCAUGAUUGUGCCAGUGUAUGUCAGUGAAUUAUCGCCCAAGCACCUGAGAGGUAGAUUGAAUACCUUGAAUACCCUUGUUCUCACAUUCGGUCAAGUAUUUGCUUAUGCCAUGAACAUUGCUCUUGCUAAAGUGCCAAAUGGAUGGCGUUACAUGUUUGGUAUUGCUGGUAUUCCCGCUCUCUUCCAGUUUUGUGUGAUGCCUUUUCUCCCCGAGAGUCCUCGUCGUUUGAUUGCAGUUGGUAAAUUAGAUCAAGCAAGGAGUGCUUACCGUAAAGUCUAUGGUGAUUCUGUCACUGAGGUGUUUAUUGAGAGAGAGAUCAAGAUGAUUGAUGACGAUAUUCACGCUUGCCGAUCCGGUUCAUUCAAAGACUUCUUGCACAGAGAUAAUUUCAUGCCUUUAAUCAUCGCUUGUAUAUUGCAAGCUGCCCAACAAUUGUCAGGUUUCAAUGCUGCCAUGUAUUACGCUGCCACUAUUUUGCAAAUGGCAGGUUUCAGAGAUAGCCAAGGUUCUACUAGUGUUGCUAUUAUUGUUGCAGCUACCAACAUGGUCUUCACUGCUGUUGCUAUCUCUGUAAUUGACAAGUUUGGUCGUAGAAAGAUGCUUCUUAUCACCAUGUUGGUUAUGAUCGGCGGCUUAAUCGCUCUUGGCGCGACAUUUGCAGCACAACAAGGAUUCAUAACACAACAGCCAACUUGCGCUGGUUAUGCUACUCAUUGUGCACGAUGCGUACUCGAUUCUAACUGUGGAUGGUCUAUUUCACAAAAUACAUGUAUCUUUAGUGAAGGGAACCUCGAAGAUAUUCUUCAAACUGCUUCGGGUUGUCCUUCUGAACCUAGAGAUAAAGCCAUCACUGGCGUCUUAUUGACUUUCUUGAUCAUUUAUGUUGCAAGCUAUGCUCUUGGUCUCGGUUAUAUCCCUUGGUUGGCUCAGUCGGAAAUGUUCUCCAUGUCCAUUCGCGGUAAAGCUAAUGGUGUUGCUACUGCAGUGAAUUGGAUCUGUAAUUUGAUCAUCUCAACUUCCUUUUUAUCAAUGACUGAGGCAAUGACUACUGCUGGUACUUUUUGGUUUUAUGCUGGUUUAUCCAUUAUUCUGUGGGGAUUGCUACUUAAAUUGAUGCCAGAGACAUCUGGAAAGACCUUGGAAGAGAUCCACGAAUAUUUCCUCAAAAUUUAG